CGUAUAAAAAGGGUGCCAAUGUCUGGUUAUGGGCAGAAUUUUGGAACAGUCCAAAGGAACCAUCCAAUAUGAGUCUUUCUGCUAAAGAGAAGAAGGUGGUGAAGGAGUUUUGGGCCAAGGUUUCUCCCAAGGCUGCUGCCAUUGGCAAUGAAACUCUCUCCAGAAUGAUAGUCGUCUACCCUCAGACCAAGACUUACUUUUCUCACUGGCCAGACCUGGCCCCCGGCUCUGCACACGUGAGGGCGCACGGUAAGAAGGUGAUGUCAGGAAUUGGCCUGGCUGUGGCCAACAUUGACGACCUGCUCGGUGGCCUCCUCACUCUGAGCGAGCGCCAUGCCUUUCAGUUGAGGGUGGAUCCAGCAAAUUUCAAGAUCCUUUUCCACAACUUCCUGGUGGUGCUGGCUAACAGGUUCCCCAACGAAUUCACCCCAGACGUGCACGUUGCCAUAGACAAAUUCCUCUCCAAUGUUGCCUUGGCUUUGUCUGAUAAAUAUCGCUAG